AAUAUAGGCAGGUGUUUAUUGAAAGAGAAACUGAAAUUAAAAACCUGACUAUGAAUAAGCAAAACAACCAACAUUAGCUCGUCAGUACGUGUGUACCAGUAAAUAAGCUUUCAUAAACAUUAACUCGUCAGGAGGUGUGUAGCUGAAGAGGAUCUCACUAAUGGAGUCUAAACGGUCGUUCUCUGAGGAGGACUUCACGUGCCCUGUGUGUUGUGAUGUCUUUAAGGAGCCCGUGCUCCUCUCGUGCGGUCACAGCGCGUGCAGCACCUGCGUUCACCGGUACUGGGACACCAAAGGCUGCAGAGAGUGUCCGCUUUGCAGGAAACGAUCCGCGACAAACCCUCCUAUCAACCUGGCUCUGAAAAACCUGUCUCAGACCUUCCUGGAGUUCCGAGGUGAUCCCGAGACACUCUGCGACAUCCACGGAGAGAAGCUGAAACUCUUCUGUGUGAAUGACAGACAGGCCGCGUGCUUAAUGUGCAGAGAUUCUAGUAAACACGUACAACACUGUUUUAUCCCUGUCGACGAAGCAGCUUCUGAACUAAAGGGUGUUGUUAUGAGUGCAGUGAAUAACUUGAAAAUGAAAAUGAAGAGCCUCCAAGAUGUCCAGUUUCAUUGUCAUCAAAAUAUAAAUCACAUAAAGCAACAGGCAGAGUACAUAAGAAAUCAAAUAAAGGAGGCGUUUAAGAAACUUCGGCAGUUUCUGCAAAAGGAGAAUCGAGCCAUGAUGACUCAGCUGAAGAAGGAUGAGCAGCAGAAAACAAAGAAUCUGGAAAGCAAAAUAGAACAAAUGAAUCGAGAGAUACAGUCACUCUCAGACACUAUUAAAGACAUAAAAAAGAAAAUUGAAUUUGAAGACAUCAAAUUCCUGAAGAGCUUUGAGAGGACGUUGGCAAAAGCUGAUUACAAAGAUUCCGAUCCAAAUGUGGCUUCAAGCGAAGUUAUUGAUGUGGCAAUGUACGUGGGAAAUCUGCAGUACAGACUCUGGAACAAAAUGCAGAACAUCAUUAAAUACACUCCUGUUGUCUUGGACCCAAACACAGCUCACUCGCAGCUCAUCCUGUCCGCAGAUCUGACCAGUGUGAGAGAUAGUGAUGAUGACCAUGAAGACAAGGCUGACAAGCUCAGACCACCAGUUUUGGACACUCCUGGGCGUUUUAGGAGUUUGUGUGUUCUGGGCUCCGAGGGCUUCACUUCAGGACUGCACUGUUGGGAUGUUGAGGUGGGAAACAGCACCUUCUGGAUGCUUGGUGUAACCACUGAGAAUGUGCAGAGAAAAGAACCCAAUAUUUUUACCAGAGGAGCCUGGGGUAUUGGGUAUGAUGGUGAAAAGCUGUGUGCUCGAUCCCCUUUGGGAGUUUACACUCCUCUCACUUCGCCUGCCAACGCCAAAGUGGUCAGAAUUCGUCUGGACAUGGAUUUGGGGGAGGUGUGGUUCUUAGAUCCUGCCAGUAAAGCUGUUAUCCACAUGUUCUCACACCAGUUCACUGAGAAGGUCUUUCCAUUCUUCCACAGCAUGUGCAGUCUCUCUCCUCUGAAGAUCAUGCCUCUCCGGCCUUUUGUAGUGCUGGAAGACAUCCCUUAAUGCUCGUGUUUCUAUAAGUGAUGAGUUCUAGUGUCUCACAUUACUGACUAUAGUCCAUAUUUAAAGUUGCAAUGUUUUUAUUCUGUUGUAACAACGUGAAGUACAGGUGACUCAGUUCAGGCUACAGGCUGACAACUUGUGUGAUGCUGGAAGAAAGACGUAUGGCGAUGAAGAGAAUGUGGAGAACAUGAAGUCACUACAGUUUUGGUUUGCUUUCUGUAUCUUUCAAGGCUGAAGGUGAAAGUGAUGUAGCUGUAUGACAGGACAUAAUGUGUCAAGUGUUUGUUCACACUUAGACAUAACGCCGUUGCACUUUUAUUUUCUACAAUCUGUGCUCUAAUAGUUUCAAUUUAUUCUAUAGUUUUUUUUAUAUGUACUCUAUAGUUUCUGUGUUAUUAGUCAUAACCUAACUCGGGUGACAAGCUCUUUCAGUUUUUCCCCUGGUUUUCCCCUAGUCAUUUGUCAUUUGUCUUAGUGUCAUAUGUACAAUAUUAUUCCAAAGUUUUUCCAGUUGGAUGGGAGCAGGGAUGUUAAAUGACAUUUGUUAAAGCCUUUUAGCACAUUCUGGCGAAUCACAGUGUAGGAGACUUUAUAAUGGCAUGCUUUUAAGGCAAAGGCAUGACUGAUUUCUUGUGUUAGCCAUGACCAUUCUUGAAACAUGGGUUCAAGGACACAGUCUUAGAGACCAAACACAGAGGAAUACAGUGAAUCUUGGAAUAUUGAAACAGAUAUAACACAAAGAGUAAUGCACUAAUCCACCUCCUAAAUAAAUGCCUACAUAAGUUUUACUGCUGGAAAUUAGUAUUGAUAUUGAUUGAUUUCAUUCUGAACUUAAUUGUCUUUUUCUGUGUGAUUAUAAAAGAGAUUGAAAAUCAUACUGAUAAAAUGUAGCAUAACAUCUACACACAUCUUGGCUAUGGUGGGUAUAUCUGGGCUGUUUGUUUGAGGACAAGUGCCCUAAUGCUCUUAUUCAUUCCUGUAUCUAAUACAGUUUAGUUUUAUCGUUUUGUUAUUAUUAUUUUUAACAUUUCAUGUCUUGGUUUUUAUUAUCUUUGCUUUCCCUAUAAGCCAUUUUGUGUGAUAUGUUAUUCAUGCUUCUCGUUAUUUAUUCCCACAAAACACUGCAAACCUCAGUAGGAUGGUGUACAGCCUAGUUUAGUAUUGUAUAAGAAGCUUUGUACAUGUAAGAAAUGCACAUGGGAUAUUUAAAGUAUGAAGACACACCUUGUUAACUCUGUUAUUGUUGUUGUUGUUAUUACUAUUAUUAUUGUAUGUUGUGUCACCUUAAAAGUCUCAACAUUCUGAGAAGUGGUCCAAAAUCCCUUUGAAAAUGUCUGCAACCUUGUUAGUGGAUGAAUGCUGUUAUUCUCUCCAGGGAAUAGUUCACCAAAUAUUAACAGUGGGCUGCCAAUAAUUUUUUAAACCACUGCUUUGUACAAAAAAAUGGAAUGCUUAAGAAAAAUACUGUUAGAACUGUACUACAUUCCCAUAUGCUGAAAGAAGGACUAAUUGCAAGUGCCUUUGAUUUAAUAUAUUUGUUAUUACUCAUUUUUAUGUAGAGUGCCAAUCUGGUAUUCACUGUAUAUACAGUCUAUGGGUUAAAAGCUGGAAUGUCUAUAAGCACUGGGAUGGUCUGUGACAAUGAAUGAACCAAUAAGAGGGAGGAUUUUGGAGCAUGGCGUGUGAGGACUGUUGCCAGGGCCAUGAUUUUCUCCUGUAUUUGGGCUGCUAUAUGUAGUUGCUUGCAUGUAUUUUCUUAUUAUUAUGUCGCUAACUUUAUCUAUUAAAAUAUAGCAGAC